GUUCCUUCAUCUUAGCAGUGAGCAGUAAUGGCCGCAUCACUGAGCUGCUGCUGCUGCUGCCGCCGCGGGAAUCCGCUCAGACUGAGCCUCCGACUCGGCGCUCACUCACACUCAUAACCGCAGAGCCCCGGACAGCGGCGGCCGGAGGGGAUUAACGCCCCGCGAAUGAAGCUGGAGGAGAGCAUUCGAGUCCGCAUGUGCAGAACCCAGUCACGUCGACGCUGAUUCCGGUUCCACGUCAUCAGUGACAGUGACGCAUUGCAGCGCAGAGUGAUGAGCUCACAGCAGCGUGGGAAUGCAACCCCGCCCCUCCUUGCUCCACAUACCUCCUCCUCCAGCCAUGGCAGGCAGGGCUCGUCUCCCGGCCUGCUGGACUCCUACCCGCGAUCCUCCAGGAGAGGCUGGGCCGGCACUUCUUCGUCCGCACCGGCUCACGCCACCUCAGUGAGCCGGGCGUCCUGCAGUAACCCUGCCUCCUCGCGGAGAGCCGUGUCCGGCCGCUCUGAGCCCUGGCCGGAGGAAGCUGUGGACGACGCUUAUGGCCUUUACUCGCUGCACCGCAUGUUCGACAUCGUGGGCGCUCACCUGACGCACCGGGACGUCCGCGUGCUGUCCUUUCUGUUCGUGGACGUCAUAGACGAGUAUGAGCGUGGCGGCAUUCGGAGCGGGAAGGAUUUCCUGCUGGCGCUGGAGCGUCAGGGACGCUGUGAUGAGACGAACUUCCGGCACAUUCUCCAGCUGCUCCGCAUCAUCACCAGACACGAUCUUCUGCCUUACGUCACUCUACGCAAGAGACAGACGGUGUGUCCAGAUCCGGUGGAUAAGUAUUUGGAGGAGACGUCCGUACGCUACAUUUCCCCCAGAGGGUGCAGAGCCGAAAGCCAGCAGGCCACGCCCCACAGGAGAGCAGGACCCCAGCCUGUGAUCUGCUGCCCUGCCCCGUCGGAGCCUCAGGUGUGCCCACCCCGCGCCAAACCCGCACCCCACACUCCGAACAGGAAGAGGAAGAGAGCCCACAGUGCAGCCGAUUGCAGAGAAAAACAGACCUGCGACAUACGCCUGCGCGUCCGGGCCGAGUAUUGCCAGCAUGACUCGGCUCUGCAGGGCAACGUGUUCUCCAACAAGCAGGAGGCGCUAGAGAGGCAGUUCGAGCGCUUCAACCAGGCCAACACCAUCCUGAAGUCGCGCGACCUCGGAUCCAUCAUCUGCGACAUCAAGUUCUCGGAGCUGACGUACCUGGACGCGUUUUGGCGGGACUACAUUAACGGCUCGCUGCUGGAGGCGCUGAAGGGCGUCUUCAUCACAGACUCGCUCAAGCAGGCCGUCGGCCACGAGGCCAUCAAACUGCUCGUCAACGUGGACGAGGAAGACUACCAGGCCGGCCGGAGGAAGCUGCUGAGGAACCUGAUGGCGGGAGGGGCGGGAUCAGGCAGCCGGGAGGCGGGUUCGUCUUAGUGGAGGUGAGGUCAGUUUGAGCUGGAGGCGGGGUUUUGAGCUGUAUUUUAAUGAACAGACUGGAAAAGGUGCAGUGAAUGGACUGCUGGACUUGGAGAAGAGCUCUAAAGUGACUCUGAAAGAGAGAGAGAGACGAGACGGAGGGACAGAAGAGGCCGCAGGCCGCGGAGAAUGUAGAGAAAGUGUAUUGGACGUUUUUUUUUUUUUUUUAUGUAUUUUCUUUGACGUGUCACAACCGAGGUGUGGAAAUAAUAAACACAAUGAACGGAAAUAGAGGGACAUAAAAAAGGCAUUUAAUUUCUUUGAGAUUUUUUAGUGCUAAAUACGCAACACUAAUUUUUAUUAUUUUUUUUUUUUACUUGUGAAUUUCCACAUUUUUUUUUGUACAUUUUUUCAUCAUGUAUUGCACAAACAUCUGUUUUAAUGACUGUGAAUCUAUGUGUGUGCGUGUAGGUGGAGAAAGGUCCCGGUAAAGAAGAUUUCUGUCUCCCACAGCAGCUGGCUUGCCUUCGGACUUCAGCGCGCAGUGCUACAGCUCGUUCCGAAUCAGCUCUCCGAUCAGUGUUGUAUUUAUAUCCGAAUUAAGCAUCCAUGUGCGAUGACUUCUUUUCUUUCUUCCUCUCUUCCUUUCUUUUCCUGAGAGGCUUGAAGUGUUCUAGCAGUGGACUUGGGACUGUGUGUACCGACCCAGAGCAGCAGCCUUACCAGAGACUCCGUUUCACACCACAGUUCGCGUCAGCCUUUCAUCACGUCUGGGUUCAUUUUCCACCUUUGAUACCACAUGAAUUUUCUCCCUGCUAUUUUAAGAGAAAUCGGCGUAAUCCUACUGAAAAAGUACAACGCAAGACCAAUUUGAACAGUUGAAGCUAUAAUAAACUGUGCUGGGUGCUACCUGCACUGCUAGGCCGCUUGCCAGUUCAUGCAGAACCAAUGCCAUCUUGAAUUGACCUAUUCAGGCUCCACCCACAAGCGUGUUCUUUCGUAGCUGCUGCUUCGGUUUUACAGAGCGCUGUUCGCCCUGACGCGAAACUUUAGGGCACUUUGUUUAGAAACGCUGCGUAAUAUUGCGUCUGAACAGCUACUGGCAGGAGGUGGCGACAGUGAGUUUGCUACGGUGUUGAUUGGACACCUCUGACAACGUGACCUUUCACACAUCGAAUGGUUUGAUGUGUCGCUGACCCCAGACGCUGUCGAUCAGCCAAGACUGUCCAGAUGUAGUACUGGAGGCUAAUGUGGCUAAAAAACACGGUCAGUAGUCGCCCAGAUCUUUUCUGAAAACGUGUGAUUUUACUGUCCAUCCCUGUUCGAGGAGCUGGAUCCGUUUACCAGUUUCUGGCACAACGGUUUCUCACACAAAUCAGCUUUAACAGUAAACAACAACAACAGCAGCCACGAUGGAGGAGCUUCAGCUCCAGACUCGCCUUCUGCUGCGUUCGACGGUCAGUGCUGGUGUCCCAGUGAGAAGGGUUACCGUGUUCAGCAUGGGUUUUCCCGAUACGGUACCAGCGCAAAUGACUCAAAUGCAUGAUCGUGAAUUUGUGCUCGGUGGAAAAGCGGCUGGCAUCUAAUUCCGACUCCCUGCAUUCGCGAUUUCCGGUUCUGUGUUUAAACAUAUAUCCUCUGCUUGAAAAUUCAAGAUUGACAGUGAUUUAUAAAUAGAAACAAAGGUCACUCUGGAACGUCGGGGGGGAAACCAUGAGAAAUUUUGGACUUAAUGUGAGGGGGAACUGCAAAAAAUGGUGUUAAAUAUAUAAAUAUAUCUUAAAUAUAGUCAAUAAAUCAAAUUUCUCCUGGUGAGAUUGUUGUAAGCUUCAUUUAAGAUUAUUUCGCUUAUUUCUAGACUUUGUUUUACUUUUUAUUAAGUAGAAUUCACACUAUAUUAGCAGAUUAUUGUGCUUGCUGUAAGAAAUGAUCUUAAAACCAGCAACCUUACCUUAGUUACUUAAUAAAAGGACCCAAAACAGGUAAAAAUGUCUAGAAAUAAACUAAAUAAUCUAAUAAUAAGUGCAGAACCAUCUCAGAAUGGGAAAUAUUAGAUACAUCCACUAGAUUUAAGAUCAUUUCACUUGAAAAGAGCAUUUUUUGCCGUGUGGGAAAUCCAAUGCCUCGUGAAGGCGGAGCCAACUAACUUGUUUGGGUUGCGGAAUUAUAUUACAGUGGUGAAAAGAGCCGGAAUAGAGGAAUUUCGGGAAGCAUCGGUAGCAAAUUUGCUCCCAGUCCAGCACCAGAAGUUGAACAGGUUGUCCUCAGACUGUACCCUAGUUACGAGAUCACACGUUUGUGGGCGGAGCCUUGGAGAUGUCAGAUGUCCUAAUAAAUCGAAGACCGUUUCGGAGACUGGGGAUGUGAAUGUCCGUGUAAUAUGAUUUUGGACCAGUGCUAAAUUCCCUACAGCAGUGGGUCAGAUUCCGUAUCACUAGUCGUGAAGGAAACCCCGCCUAGAGAACUGACCGCGUCCGGCAAGAGUUACAGCCUAAAGAUUUGCAAAAAAAUUGAAUUAAAUGUCUGAAUGAUUAGAAACCUGGUUUGCUGGAUGUCAGAUUUCCCGCUGGUCCAUGUGAAGCUUUUGGGUGUUUCGCCUAUUUAACAUCCCGAGUUGUUAUUCGGAACGCCUGGAAAAGCGCUUGGCUCCCGUCCCCUUUCGGCCUUGUUGCGGUGCUCUUUCUUUUGAGGGUUUGAUGCCCUGUAUUUAAGGACGUUGUAUUUUAAACCUGGAGACUGAAUCUUUUUCACCAUUUUCCUUUAUUUAAAAUAGCUUCGGUUUUAAAGCUGGAAAAAAACUCAAGGGACAUUUAUCACCAGACCUGCCGACCUGACCCAGUGCAUCAAACUCCGCGCCUCGAGAACCUCGAAGGUUUAUAAUGUGGCUCAGUUUAGAACACUUUGGGUAAAAUAGCUCUGAAAUACCAAAGCUACUCACUCUCCUUUUCUCUUUACCUGUGCUCCCUCUCUCCAGUUUAGCCAUGAAAAUGGUUGUGAAACGGCUUGGCGCAGCCAUUCGGUCAGCUGUGGGUCCGCAGGCUGCUGCUGUCUUCAUUGUGAAAGCAGGAAAAGAUUUUCUUGUAAGGUUUUCCUAAUGGAAUUAAACAGAGUUAUGAAAUUGGUAUCUAUUAUAUAGGUUCUAUGUUCUGUUGGUUGUGUUCUGAGUGUUUGUCCAUAAGACCUGCAUGUGUAUGACUCCCUGCAAACACCACAGUGGAAAAAUGAGCUGUGUUCGGUAGACUUAAAAUCUUAAUCUAAAGAAGUUUCUAACCUUUUUUCUACUUUGGUUUUCAUAGAGAAAGUGUUGAGCGCUCGUUUUUUCUUUUCUCGUUUUUCUUUUUUAUUUCGAAGAGAUGGCGUUCUCGACUCGGCCGAGCGGAUGAAGACGGAGCACUUUGUUUUGUACUCGAGUAUCUCACCUCCUGUAAGCCUAGUCAGUUGUAUACACCAUUCCGAAAACAUAGGAAAAAUAAAGCAGCAUCUGCAAAGUGUUGCGUUGCGACUUUUUGAUUUACGAAUCAGUUUAUUUUGUUCACUAUGGAGGCGAUUGUGUUAAGUGAUACAUUUACAUGCAUAAUAGCUGGCUGAUGAAUUCAGUGUACAAAUCAAUAAAACAAAUAAUUUAAUAAAGUGAGCUACGAGGGUUUUCUUCCUCCUAGUGUAUCUUGGAAAAGAAUAAAUUAAGGUAGAACUUGGGGAUGCACCGUCAUAUCUGAAUCAACAGUAUCAGGUAUUUGUUAUAAAAGUUGGUGACUUUGAUUUGGGAACGACAUUUGACUUGUUGUGUACUGUUGGGCUGCUGCUCUAAAAUAUAUGCAGUUUAUUCACUUUGAUGCAAUUGUAAUCCUCUACAAAUAAACAUUUGCCUUUAAUGGUAA